UUUCAGUCGAUUGAAAGUAAAAAACCCAAAGCCUUUAGCUCUGGAUCACAAAGCAGUUCUUCUCACAUGAGGGCUUUUGUUAACAGCUUUCGUCUCCUGUUCAUUCACAGCGAGCUGUAAUCAGGACAAGCAGGAAACCUGAUCUGCAAACUAACCAGUCCCCUCCCUGUUUCUCUUCCACCUCAUACCUGCAGCGCAAAACAACAAAACACAACCAGCUGCUUCUACAACCGAGGGAAAACUUUCGGACCAAAAGGAUUUACUGCUCGACUGAACUGCUCAGCUGUGGGUUUUAUUUGUUGGUGUCUUUGACUUUGUGGGUAACUUCAAAUUCAUGCCUUGGAUUUGUUUUCUGGCAACAUGCGCACACAGCUUGUUGGUUUUAGUUUGGCAAUCAUCGGCUUCCUGGGCACCAUCCUCAUCUGCUGCCUGCCCAUGUGGAAGGUGACAGCCUUUGUGGGAGCGAACAUCAUCACCGCUCAGGUCUUCUGGGAAGGUUUGUGGAUGAACUGUGUGAUCCAGAGCACCGGACACCUGCAGUGUAAAGCCUAUGACUCGGUUCUGGCUCUACCACAGGGACUGCAGGCCUCCAGGGCUCUGAUCUGUGUGUCCAUCGGUGUCAGUGCGGCGGCCAUUGGGCUCACCGUGGUCGGGGCGAGCUGCACCAACUUCUUUCGUGACGACUGGCGGAACAAAGCCAACAUUGGCACAGCUGGGGGUGUGGUCUUCAUAAUAGCAGGUCUCCUGUGUCUCAUCCCUGUCAGCUGGACGGCCCACAGCAUCAUCACAGGUUUCUACAACCCCCUGGCCACCACCGAGAGGAGGGGGGAGCUCGGGGCCUCCAUAUAUGUGGGCUGGGUGUCUGGAGCUCUGCUCGUCAUUGGAGGAGGAAUAUUGUGCAGUACCUUUAGGUGCUGAGGAAGAGGAGAAAAAUGAAGAACAUGAUCAAAUACAAACUGUAAACAUGUACAGUGUUGUGUUCACUGUGAUGGACAUUGAGUAUUCAAAUUUUCUACCUUUAGUUUAAAAUUGGUGUAAAAUAAUAAAUGUGUUGGUUUACGUUGAAGGAAAUGUCUAGUUAAGCUAAUAGUUGUAUAAUGUGACACCGUAGAAAAUGAUCAGCUCAGAUAUAUGAGUUUAUGUGACUUGUUUAUUUUGCACAAAUGAAUGCUGCAAGAAUAGUCGCUUUUUACACACACAGGCUUAUAUCUUUGUAUUACUUUGUAUAUUUGUAUUUUUUAAACAGACGGAGAAAUAGAAUAAAAUGGA